AUUUUAGCGGUAGCGCAAAGACAGUUCAAAGAAAUCCAUAAUGCCUUACCUCUGCUAUAUGGCCUAUCUUCUAUCGACCGCAACGAUAGCAGGUGGAUUUUUCAAUCUCUCUGAUAUAGAUAUGGGAACUGUUGCAAAAUCAUACCAUAACAACAAUAACUCUGUCGUCGCCUACUGCGCCAAGCAUACUAUCAAACAACAUCCUUUACAAGAAGAAUUGACUAACACAACUCUAGAAAAUGCUCCACAUGCUAGAAUGCUAGGAGCUCCAGAGGUAUUAACGCUUGGAGAAAACUUUAUUCACUUGAUAGGAGGGAAAAAAGCCCUUGAUAUAGGAACAUUUACCGGUGCGUCCGCUUUAGCAUGGGCCCUAGCUACUGGUGAGGGCGGAAAGGUCUACACUUUUGACGUAUCCUUUGACAAUUACAAGAAAUUCGGUCUUCCCAUCAUAUCGAAGAACAAAGAAGUCCUUGAUCGUAUUGUAACAGUAGAGGGUGCUGCACUAGACAGCUUAGACCGAUUGAUUGCUGAAGGAAAUAGCGGCACUUUCGAUUUUGCUUUCAUCGAUGCUGACAAGUUCAACUAUACCGCCUACUACGACCGGUGUGUCACACUUUUGAGAAAGGGCGGUGUCAUAAUGAUUGAUAAUGCUCUUUGGCAUGGAAGUGUAGCCGAAGAUCCCUCCACGUUCGACAACCACACUAAAGCAAUUGAUGAUACCAACAAAAUGAUUUACAACGACGAUCGUACGUACUCGGCUCUAAUCAACACCGGUGACGGAACACAUAUCGCUUUCAAGAAAUAAUCGGGUUAACAUCGUGCUGCCACUUAUGCUUUCUAGA